UCAUAAUAUCACGUGAUCGAUUAUAGAUCACGUGUAUACUGCAAGACGUAGACGAAGAUCUGUACUGACGUAUAUGUACAGUGCACUGACCACGCGUUAGACGUAAGAUGGCGUUGUGGCGUGGUAUUCACAAUUUGACUUGUGCAAGGCUUUAUCUAUCAAAUUUACGACUACCAGCUUGCAGACUCCAGCAGCAACAGCAGAAGUUUUUCCUCUCCACAAUGUCAUGCAGACCGUUAGCAUCACUUUGUUCUCUUGGAAAGCCAGUGUAUAGAUUUAGGCCAUCGAUGAUCUUUCCUGUGUUUACAAACGGAGUCUCUCUAUGUAAUGUUCGAACACCGGGAAACAUGCAGACUCGAUAUGUCACUCGUGGACGAGAAUACCAACCGAGCACUCUGAGAAGGAAACGUAAAUUUGGUUUUCUUGCCCGGCUCAUGUCAAGAACGGGUCGCAAGAUCCUUGCCAGGAGAAGAAAGAAGGGUCGAAAAUUCCUCACACACUAGUACAGUACUAACAAAGCAACUACAAUUAUUGCACCACUUUAUCGUCCAACUCUGUUAGACCACAUUACUAAAACUAGUUUUAUCUACAAAUAACAACAAAAUAGCUCUUAGUUGACAUAACAAUUAGCCAUACAUACCUGCAUGUAUGGCACUUGGCAAUUAGUAGGUUCUAGGUAAAGCGCGUUAGGCCUGUAAUAUCCGGAAAAGGAGGAGCUAACUCACAUAAAGUUUUCAGUGUACAACCAAGACUUGCAAGUUCGGCCG